UCUCCCUUGUGAGUGUAAAUUUUCACUUGCUCCUUUAACAUUUUGCAAGGAAAAAAUUCUGAUUAUUUGGCUUGUCAGUUUCAUGCUUAGCCUUUUUAGUGCUAACUUGACAUUGUCACUUGUUUACUGUGCUACCUGCUGUUUACUUUUUGAUCUAGUGAUUUUUCCCAAGUUGAAAGUAUUUGAAAGUUAAGUACUGCUAGCAGCUUAUGAGGAUUCUACUAUGUUCUUGGAUACAUCUUAUUGAUUAAGGGUAAUAUUUUAGGUCAACUGGCUAUUGGGUUAUCUCAGAGAUGAGAUAACCUUAGAUUUGGGUACUGGUAACAUUUGAAAACAGGACUUUUGACUGGAAUUGUUGUGCAGUCAUUGUUGUCUGAAAUUAAAAUCUUUUAAGGUCGAUUCGAGUUAUUUGGUCUGUUUUCAGUCCAUUUUAAUUAGCAUGUUGUCAUGUGUUAGCGCGGCUCCAGUGUGUGUGUUUUGAGGAUUCUAAAAGGAGAGAGAGAGAAAGAUAUGAAAGGUGCAAUACAUUGGAGUGGAACUUUCAUCCGGUACUAUACCAGCACCUGGCGCCCAACUUGCACCCAGUUCCCAGGUUAAAAAGUUAUAUCCCGCAGCUUCUCCACCUGACAUAUAUGCCAUGGCUUUACCUGGCCGAGGAAGCCAUCCAUCCAUCUUGUCGGCAUCAUGAUCACCUGUAGGACACACUUUGUCAGGCAAGUCUGCUAACUAUGUUUGUGGUCAGGCCCUCAUGUUGGAUGCAGAGACAGGGCCUGACAUACACCUUGCCAGCCAGGUGCUUGGUUUGGUUUUCAUCCAGCGGCGCUAUGUACAAGAGAGAGAAGCAAACAGGAACUGUGUUUUUUUUCCUGUUGAUGUUUAAUUGCUGGUGGGUCUCAUGAGUCAUGACUAGGUCUGAUGUGCCGGACCAAUUUUUGCUAAAACAAACUCUGUGAUGUAGCCUUGUUUUAGCACUACCUCCUGUUCUAAACAGUGUAAAAAAAGGGUAUUAGAUGCUCACUUCAGCACGCUGAGCGGAGGGGAGAGCGUCGCCUUGGGGUAAAUGCCGAUAGCUAGGUUGCUAUCGGCUCCUAGCGAUGCGCCACCUCCGUCACCUAACCCCUGCGCUCCUCCUCUCGGCGUUGGCUCCCAGGUUCGAAUAUGGAGCAUGAAAUCUGUGGAUAAGGAUAAUGCCAGCGAUGAUUCCAGCCAAAGAUUGCUCGCUACAAUGCGUGACCAUUUUGGAUCAGUAAACUGUGUGAGAUGGGCCAAGCAUGGCCGCUAUCUUGCUUCAGGAUCAGAUGAUCAGGUUAUCCUAAUUCAUGAGAGAAAAGCUGGUUCCGGAACAUCUGAGUUUGGUAGUGGAGAACCUCCAGAUGUAGAAAAUUGGAAGGUUAUUAUGACUUUAAGAGGGCAUACUGCAGAUGUGGUAGAUCUUAGUUGGUCGCCUGAUGAUUCAACAUUGGCUAGCGGCAGCUUGGAUAAUACCGUUCACAUAUGGAACAUGACCAAUGGUAUUUGCACCGCAGUCUUGCGAGGGCAUUCCAGCUUGGUCAAAGGGGUUACCUGGGAUCCUAUUGGUUCUUUCAUUGCAAGCCAAUCAGAUGAUAAGACUGUCAUAAUAUGGCGGACAAGUGACUGGAGUCUUGCUCACAAGACAGAAGGCCAUUGGGCAAAAUCUCUUGGUUCAACAUUCUUUAGACGACUUGCUUGGUCACCUUGUGGCCACUUCAUAACUACGACUCAUGGGUUCCAGAAACCUAGGCAUUCAGCACCUGUGCUUGAAAGAGGCGAGUGGUCUGCAACUUUUGACUUUCUAGGGCAUAAUGCACCUGUUGUGGUGGUUAAGUUUAAUAACUCAACGUUCCGCAAGAAUUUCUCAAGUGGUCAAGACAUAAAGGCUGUGCCAGCUGGAUUGUCCAAUGGAGCAUCAAAGACAUCAACAAAAGAACAGCAACCAUAUAAUGUUAUUGCUAUUGGAAGUCAAGACAGAACUAUUACUGUUUGGACGACAGCGAGUGCUCGACCAUUAUUUGUUGCUAAGCAUUUUUUCUCUCAAAGUGUGGUUGAUUUAUCUUGGAGCCCUGAUGGUUAUUCACUUUUUGCCUGCUCCUUGGAUGGAUCAGUGGCCAACUUUCACUUUGAAGCAAAGGAGCUUGGAUACAGGUUAAGUGACACUGAAAUGGAUGAAUUGAAGAGGAACAGAUAUGGUGACGUCAGAGGACGCCAAUCAAAUCUGGCUGAAAGCCCUGCACAGUUGCUGCUAGAACAAGCAUCAGCAAAGCAAUCAACUGUCAAAAAGGGGGCUUCCAUUGUCCAGCCAUUUCAAGCACCCCCAAAAGUUGCUGCAGGUGUACCUAACUCAGUUCCUGUUGUGCAAAGUCAGAAAGCUCCUGAAGCUUCACCUGAUGAUGAUAAGAAAACAGCAGAUCCCACUUCUGAUGAUGUAAAUAAAGUUAACCGGUUAUCUAGUCCAGUGAAACAGAGAGAAUACCGGCGUCCUGAUGGCCGGAAAAGAAUAAUCCCAGAGGCAGUUGGAUUUCCUUCUAACCAGGAUAACGCACCCAACCGUUCUCAAAAUCAAGCUGUGGAUUUUUCAUCUCUGGAUCAACGAAUGAAUGUAAAAAGACCAUCUUAUGGCAGCAGCAGUAACUGUAAUAACUGUGAGGUUAGGGAUCGCUCUGGUGUUACAGCAAGGGCUAACAUAACUGAGAGUCUUGUUAUACAAAAAGCUUCAACUAAUGCUGGCAGUGAUGGAAUGCUGAGUAUGGAACACACCGGAUCUGUAGUUCCAGGCCCGCUGACCUCCUGCCCUACGCUUUCUAUCCAUGUACAAAAUAAGAAUGACAAUUUGGAUUCUAUACCAGCCUGCCUUGAGGCAAAGCCUGUAGAGCGUGCUGCAAGUGAUAUAAUUGGUGUUGGUGAUGCCUUUUCAACAAAAGAAUCCGAGAUAAAGUGUACACGAGGUACAGAAACUCUUUGGUCAGAUUGUAUCUCUGGAAAGGUUACUGUCUUGGCAGGCAAUGCAAAUUUCUGGGCUGUUGGUUGUGAAGAUGGUUGCCUGCAGGUUUACACAAAAUUUGGAAGGCGAGCAAUGCCAGCAAUGGUGAUGGGAUCUGCAGCUGUUUUUAUAGAUGUUGAUGACUGCUGGAAGUUGCUUCUUGUCACAAGGAGAGGUUUAAUGUACAUAUGGGACCUUUAUAACAGGACCUGCAUUUUGCAGGAUUCUUUAUCUUCUUUGGUUGCAUCUCCAGAUGAGUCAUCUGCAAAAGAUGCUGGUACAGUAAAGGUUAUAUCUGUCAAAUUCUCAAGAUGUGGUUCACCCUUAGUUGUCCUUGCCAGCCGUCAUGCUUUUCUUUAUGACAUGAGCCUAAAGUGCUGGCUAAGGAUCGCCGACGAUUGUUUUCCAGCAUCAAAUUUUGCUAGCUCAUUUGGUUCCACUCAGGGUGGGGAGCUAGGCAAGUUGCAGAUUGAUAUAGGCAAGUUCAUGGCUAGAAAGCCUAUUUGGAGCAGGGUUACAGACGAUGGGUUGCAGACACGCUCCCAUUUGGAGACCCAGCUUGCAGCUUCUUUGGCUUUGAAGUCAGCACAGGAGUAUCGCCAAUGCCUCCUAUCUUAUGUCCGGUUUUUGGCUAGAGAAGCAGAUGAAUCUCGUCUACGUGAAGUUUGUGAGGGCUUCCUAGGUCCUCCAGUGGGCAUGGCUGGUUCUGUGUCAUCUAUGGAUCCCAAAAAUCCUGUGUGGGAUCCUGAUGUUCUUGGAAUGAAGAAGCACAAACUUCUUAAAGAAGAUAUACUUCCUUCCAUGGCAUCAAACCGGAAAGUCCAGCGGCUGCUCAAUGAGUUCAUGGACCUCCUGUCAGAGUAUGAAGCUGCCGAGACCAAAGCUGACCUGAUGGAUGUCACACCGACACCACAGCCCACAACAUAAGCUAGUAACAAGGUGAUGCAGCCCGCAACAGAAGCCAGUGACAAGGUGAUGAAGCCCACAACAGAAGGCAAUGACAAGGUGACUGAGCAUGUGAUAACCUCGUAGUUACCCUGGUAUCCUCCAGUCUGGUUGCUGGAGGCUUACUGAGUUACUGACUCCCUACCCCCCGCGGUAUGUAUGAUAGGAUAGUUUGGCACAGAUACAAUGUGUCUAUUUCGAGAAGUGCUUAUAUUAGUCAGUUGUGCAUGUAGCUGGUAGAUUGUUUAGCAGGGCGACCUCGGGCUAAAACUGAUUCCGAACCCAUUAGAUGUAACGCUGAGUGUAACAGUAGAAAAGGGCGUGAGGUUGCGUAGUGAUCAUUGUGUAACAGUAAUCUGUAAAAGGCCGUAUAAGUUCAUUUCCUUUUUAGUUUCAGGGCAAUUCUGGCCUUGAUGGCUUUUAGUUCAGGCUGUUUGUUUUUCA